UACUUUGUACAGUUCAACCGCAUAUAUCUAAUCUACUUCACACUCUGCCCUCGAUGCUCUCAUCUUCAACUUUGAUCCCACUUUUUAUCUGUCGCACAAGUUGCGCGUUGCUGAGCCAGUAUUUCCUCUUGUCGUAGUUUCUUCCCCAAGUGCGUUCAAGAUGCUGGCUGGCCAAGGGGUCAAGGCAAUCGCAGUGAUGUGGGUAAUGGCUAUUAUGUCCUUCGUUCUUGUGCCUUUACGGCUGUACACGAGGGUUUAUAUAGUCAAGGCUCUGGGGCUGGAUGAUCAUGUGUUCAAUUUGGGCUGGGUAAGUUUCUUUGAACGUCGAGUGACACUGUAUCGAUCCUUAACUCUCGAGCCUAGGUAUUUCUCCUCUUAUAUACGAUAUUCACCACCAUAGCCGGACAGCACGGGUUCGGACAGCCAAUUACUAGCCUCUCCAUGGAUGAAGCCGUCCAAGCUGUGUACAUGGAAAUGGUCGGUCAGACGUUCGCCGUGCUGGGGAUGGCCAUUGCGAAGCUUUCAUUGGGUAUAUUUCUUUUGCGAAUCGUGGUGAAACCAUGGCAUCGCAUCUCGAUUUGGAUCUCGAUGGUCAGUCUAGCAGUUGUUUCUGUGAUGACGGCGAUUAUCUUCUGGACCCAACGCCUUCCCUCUAGGGCCAUCUAUGAUCCUCGUGUACCUGGCCGAACUAUUGUCAGCGUUACCCCGUUCUCAGUGCUUCUUGGUUCAUGGUGUGCGGCGGUCGACUUUUACUUCGCCAUUCUGCCGUGGAUCUUCAUUUGGGAACUCAACAUGCGGUUCAAGGAGAAGAUGACCAUCGCUAUUAGUCUAAGCUUGGGAUUCAUCGCCGGUAUCUGUGGGAUCAUUCGCACCAUAGAGCUCGGUGGAUUGUCGAGUGCUAACUACACGGAGGACACAGUUCCUCUUAUUAUCUGGUCUGCUGUCGAGCUUGCCGUCACCCUUAUCUGCGUCGGCAUUCCCACCGUCCGUCCCCUUUACCGGUACAUCGUCCACGGAUCCAGUGUCAAAGAGUCCCAUGAAGCCUAUAAAAGGCAAGAUGAAAGUGGAAGUGGCAGCGGCAGUGGAAGCCGUAACAAACCGACUUUUGCGAUGCCCAUGCGGAACUUCGCUCGGGCGGGUCGAAAAGACGAGUUUCUGACCACUACAACGACCACUGUCGACAUACCCGAUGCCAACGACCCCGGACCCAAUUGGAAUAGUCGAUCUUAUGUGACGGGCCCGGGGCAGAAUGACGAAGAAGCACUUGUGGCUACUAUCGAAGAAGAAAAUUCUCGGUACAUGGAUCACAUAUGCGUGCGGCAGGAAGUGCAUGUAGAGACAAAUUAAAUUGAAGGAAAAUAUACGGACCCAUUCGCAAGUAGGAGAUUUUUUUUUUCGAAUGAUUUUAUCAAAGAAACUCGACUCUCAACCUUUGUUCCGUGCUUUGUC